AUGGCGAAGACUGAAAACAGAGCUGUAGUCAUAAAUAGGGAGGUGGCAAACAGGAAUCUGCACUGGGGCAAGAGCUCUCAGCAGAGCCGAGACCCCGGCGGGCACUCUCCAGACUGCUCCUCGGGGACCCGAUCUGGGCGCCCGGGACCCAGGACGCCCGGCUCGUCCGGGCCUGGAGGGCCCCGAGAGCUCCGGGCGCUCGCAGGGCGGGCUUGCAGCCGCCCCAGCGGGGCUCGAUUACUUUCGCCUGGGCAAGAGGCAGCCCCGCCGCUCCAGCGGGCACCCUACGGUGGGGAGGUGGGGCGACGACAGCAAAAACCGGUAAAGCAGGAGAUUCACCCGGGGAGGGCCGGGCGCGCGAGCGGGGAGGACGCGGACUUGUUGGAAGAGGCCGGACUUCCGUUGGGCCCCGGCGCCGGGAGCCACGCGCCCUACACCCUGCCGCCGACGGGCCCAGCCCCGCAGUCCAGGCCGCGCACCCCGGCCCCGCCCCCGGCCCGCGCGCCGGGCUCUCCGCGGGCGCCCUCCCACCCCGCCGCCCGCGCUCUCCCGCUCCUGGCGCAGCUGUCGCGCCUCCGUCCCGCCCCCUCGUGCAGCACCGCCCGCGCGCAGCGUCUCGAGCCGGCCCGGUCCGCCGGGAAACAUCCGCGAGAGCAGCGACUGCGGAGGCCGCCGCAGCGCCUUCUCCUGCCGCGCUCCUGCCCUCGCGUCCGGGCCCGCGCUGCGGUCAACGUGCUCUCGCAGCCUCCCCGGGCCUGCCGCCCACUCCCGGGCCUCCGAGUGCCCAACCGUCGCGCUCUGCCUCGGCGCGCGGCCCGCCGCCUGGUUCCCGGGCGGGCGAACCAGGUUCCAGGUGCCGACGGCCGCCGCGACAGCGCCCCCGGGAAGCCGAGGAGGAAGGAGCGGGAAGGUGGAGGCGGCCGCAGGCUGAGUCGCGGCCGGGAUGUCCGGGCAGCCGCCGCGGCCGCCGCCGCAACAGCAGCAGCUGCUCCCGCCCCCGCCGGCAGCCGUGGCCCCCGACCCGGGAGUGGUCCUGCCGGCGCCCCCGCCUGUCAGCGCCGCUCCUCUCCGGCCAGCUUGCCCGGCGGCGGCGGCGCACCCCCGGACCUCGCCCUGAACGAGCAGGAGAAGGAGCUGCAGCGGCGGCUGAAGCGCCUCAACCCGGCCGUGGACGAGCAGGAGACUCACCCUGCCUCGGUCCUGGAGGCCGAAGGACAAGUUCAGCUACAUCGGCCUUUCUCAGAACAACCUGCGGGCGCACUGCAAAGGUACCGGGCGUGCGUCCAGCGGUGGGAGUGGGGCCACCGACCCGACGCGUCCGCCGCCGGCCCCUCCCCGCCCCCCCGGGGCUCCGUGCCCUCCGAGAUGACCCGCCGCCCGCUCUGCUCCUGCGAGGGCGAGAUUCUUGGAAGCGGAAGUAUUCAUUGAAUGAAAGGAAGCUGCUGGAAAUAAAGACAGAAAUGGUGGCAUUGGGUCUGUGUUUACAUGCCUAACAGUAGCUCUGGGAUUUUAUCGCCUGUGGAUGUAAUAAAUUCUCUAUUUAAAGAGCUCUCUUAAUUGUUUUGCCUUAAAAAUACCAGGUUGUUGUGCUUUUUGUUUUUCUCAUUUCAAAUUUUAAUGCUGAUUUUGAUUUAAUUUACAUUAUUUAUUUUAUGCAAAUUAUGGACCUAUAACCAAGGCAAAGAAGUCAGGAAUUUCAUAAUUGCCCCUUUCACCUCUUCUAUUUAAUUGACUUCAUAACACUGAGUGGUUUGGGACAAAGCAUUGAAGACUCCACUCAGCUGGACCAGUGAGCUUGGUCUAACCUGUGGGAUAUACCAGCAGGAAAUAUUGUAUAACUUUCUUUAAUUUUAAAUCUUUGUCACAUGGAGAAUUUGGGGUCUCCACUUAAAAGGCACAAUGGCUUUACUAAGUGCCAAAAGUCAUCGAAACUAAACCAAGAGCAGCAAUUCCUCCUCACCUAACGGCCCGUCCCUGACGGCAGCCAGUCUCUGUCUGAAGAGGAUCGUUAGUGGUUGGUAUGUUAAUGAUACAGCUGUACUGUACACUGAAAGGAGAUUUUUUCUUUAAAUUUCUACUGUCCUAGUAAAUUAUCGUUAUAGUUAUUUUUUAUGUUUCUUCCAGUAGAAAAUCUUGUUGCUUAAUCAAGUGUUGUAAUUGUAAUGGGAACUCUUUACCUCUUAGAGGGCUAGGCUUCUCUCUCCCUACUUGUCACUGGUCCUUCUCCUCUGCCUCUUAACUUGAGCGCUAUAAUGAUCCUCCACUUGUGGCAUUGCCUGCCUAGAGCAUCUCGGCAUGGAUGCCUACUUCAGUUCGUGGGACAGCCUCUACUUCCCUGCUGGUCUCACCUGCUUCUUAUACAGGGGACGGCACUCCAUCCCUGUGUAGCAGUGUGCGGAUAGUUAACGUACAUGAUUCUUAGAAAUGUCUUUAAUCAAUACGCUCUUGCCCAGUACAUGCUCAGAUCAUAGGCUUUCAAAAUUAGAGAACUGUCGUGCCAGGUGUCUUCCUAGUCUAGGUCGAUUUCUUUGGUGAUUCAAGACAUUCGCAUACCUGCCUGCCUUCUAUAUCUAAUACGAAUUCCUAGAUGUACCUGGGGUUCUUUUGGAGCAGUGCCAUCUUAUUUAACAACUGGCACCUGGGAGAGAGUAAGCAUUUGAAAUUGAUGGCAUUAAUAGUAGCUUUUCUGCCUUUCUCCACAUGGAUGCAUGUGCCCAUCAUCUGUGUGGUGGAGAAACCACAUAGAGACCUCUGACCAAUCUGAUAAAUUACCCAUCAUCACGGUUCCAGCCACAUAAAAAGCUACCUCUUAUCCUUUGGAUGUCCCUUCUAAGCUUUGGCAAGUGUAAGUUGGUGCCUUUUCUUAAAACAUUUGUGUAGCACAAAAAAUUCUGAACUUAAAAUGUAUGGAAAUCAAGGGCCUGGAGUAUAGCUACUCCAAAAUAAUCCCCAAGAGCACAAAGUACUGAAUGCAAUUAUGUUUCAAAGCAAACACUAACUUGUAUAGUUUAAAAACAGAGUCAAGUGACCUUCUGUCCUGAUAAAAUAUUUUUUAAAUAA